CCUUCACAUCUAAAGAAAAACUGAUUUUAUUUUUCAGUGUUUCCCUCCUUUCCUUUCCAUCUUCCCUAAAAUAUUCAAUAUUCCAUUUCAUUCUUUUCCCUCCACAAUUUUCACUUGCUCGAGACUUCAAAUCCCUGAUCUAUCACCGCCUAGGUUUCAAUUUUCUUUCCCAACCUCCAGUGAUUUUCAGCAUUCCAAUGGAAACCCAUUCUUCAGAAACCCUAGAAACUCAAAACUGCCCCGAUCCGCCAAAAACCCGGGCUUUAUCCCCGGUCACUGGAACCUCGCCGGAUUUCGACGAUUUAUCCGAUUGGGAUGAUGACACGGAAAAGGAACAUCUUCAGGAUGACAAGCAUUUAUUCGUGGGUGGAGGGCUCUCUAAUUUAGGUAAUACUUGCUUUCUGAAUGCGGUGUUGCAAUGCUUCAUGCACACAGUACCUGUACUUAAAGGCCUUCAAGCUUCUAAUCAUCCAUCGCCUUGUGAUGGCUAUAUUGAAGGGUUCUGUGCACUUUGUGCUCUGAAAGAGCUUAUUGACAUCUUCUUGGCUACCAACAGCGGUGUUGUCUCCCCCUGGAAACUUGUCAACAAUUUAAACUAUUUUUCAUCUAGUUUUCAAAGGUACCAACAGGAAGAUGCUCAUGAAUUCCUCCAGUGUUUUCUAGAUAGACUUGAAAGCUGUUGCAAUGGCAACUUUGUAAAACAGACCUUUGGUGGUCGCCUCAUUAGCAAACUAUGUUGUUGCAAUUGUGGCCACUGCUCUGAUACUUAUGAGCCCCUGAUUGACUUGAGUUUGGAGAUUGAAGAUGUGGACAGCAUCCCUGCUGCUUUGGAGUCUUUUACAAGGGUUGAAAACAUUGAAGAUCCAGAGACAAUGUUCACUUGUGAAAACUGUAAAGAGCAAGUGCUGAUCGAGAAGCAGCUUUUACUGGAUGAGGCCCCGACAGUUGCUACCUUUCAUUUGAAGAGAUUCAAAAAUGAUGGUUCUGUUGUUGAGAAGAUUGACAAACAUGUUGCAUUCCCACUUGAGUUGGAUUUGCUUCCUUAUGCUGAAAUGAAUCAUAUAAGUAAUGGGGAUUCAAAAUAUUGUCUUUAUGCAAUUGUAGUGCACAAUGGGUUCUCAUCUUGUUCUGGGCACUAUUACUGCUUCAUCCGUUCUGCCUCGGAUGCAUGGUACAAGUUUGAUGAUUCAAAGGUUUCAAGGGUUAGAGAAGAAUUUGUCAUGUCACAGGAGGCAUAUAUUCUAUUCUAUGCCAAGCAAGGCACUCCAUGGUUUUCGGAUUUCAUUCAAACACAAAAGCUAAUAAUGCCUAGCACUUCUCCCAAGUCGGUGUUAGAUAAUGAGGAUGUCGUUUCUUGUAAUCCACUCGGGAUGAGCAGUAGUGUUGCUGAUACGGUGGCUUCCCCGAUGAGAUUCAAUGGAGUGACACAUGAGAGGAUCGAGGAGGAAAGUGUAGGAAACGAAAAUGAAAACAAAAACGAAACUCCAUUCAUGAUGCCAACUAAGUCUUUAGAUGUCUGUUCUCCUGAAGCUAUGAUGAAAAUGGCUUCUCCUUCUUCAUCUCUACAAGCCAGCAAGAGACCGAAGAUUGGCGUUCCUAAACAGCAUGUCCCGGAUUUGAUUCCCACAACACCACCACGGUCCCCAAGCCCGGAAAUAUACAGAGAGGACUCCCCUGAAAACGUGUUUUGUUCUAUUCCGCGUCCUCCACAGCAUUUGAAAGUGGCAGAUCGGGCUUCUUGCAAAAGGCAACUAGAGAAGGAAGUGGUGACCGAGGAAAGAAAGCAGGCGAUGUUGGCAAUCAAGAAAAAUAUGCGUGGGUCGAGAGCCCAGCAAUAUAUGGCUGCUUUGAGAGGAACACGGAGUGAAGGUUCUGUCAACAAGAAGAGCAGACGGAUGGAGACUUCAUCACCACCAAUAAAACACACAGCAAAUCUUCCUUCUAGAUCACCACGUCCCAUAUUUGCCAGCACCCUCCGAUGAGAUGAGCAGCAGCCAGGAGGUUAAAUUUAAAAUUUGUGGAUAGAUAGUUUAUGUUUGUUACACAUACCAUCAUUAAUCAAACAGGAAACAUUUAGUUUUCAACUGCGUUUGUUGUUUGGGGUCUAGAGUUUUGUAAAUUGCAGGAAGGAUUGUUAACCACUCCGUAAACUACCCAAUUAUUUUUUAAUCAGUUGAUGCAAAUUUCUUGCAUAAUAAUGUUA